GUAUCGCAGGGCAGACACCACCAGUGGCGCGACGCGUCCGGCGUCAACGAGCGGCUGUCCGUGUACAAGCCGGGAGCUCACUACUGCAUUCGCAGCCUGCUGUCGGAGCACAGCAGCACGCUCGCGUCGCAGCACUGCUGCUACGACCGCUUCAUGCGACUGCUGACGCGCGGGGCCGGUGCAGGCACGCCGAAUCUCAUCAGUCCGGAGAUAUCGCCCGAACUGCAUUACAAGGUCGACAUACUGCCGUGGAUCAUCUGCAAGGGCGACUGGACGAGGUGA